GACAAACAUGGAGCCCGGUGGCCGGACAAAUCGGGGAUGAUCGUAACCCAUGGUCGCCGGCGACGAGAGCGACCGAGAAAUCGACUCAAAACCGAGGUGGGACUCUCGAUUUUCCUUCUACUCUUCUCAAUCUACCCUUUCUAAUUGGAACAGAGGCGACAACGAGGAGAUCUUAACCUCUGGCAAGGGCUACCCCACCGCCGUGGAGGCAGCAGCAGCCGCCGACAGCCGACAAGAGACUCAACCAGGACACUUCUGUCCCUUCUCUCGGUUAGGGGAAAUUGAGAUCUAGGUGACGUUCUCCCAUCUCACGACUUUGUAUAAUCAAAAUAUAAAAAUUGAAAAUGAGAUUCGGUUUUUAACGGCUUCAGGUUCUGGGUUCUAAUUAGCUAGGAGUUGAUUUCUUAAUCUGCUGGUCGAAUUGGUG